AUGGCUUCAAGUCUUUUUAAUAUAUCGAGGUACAGUCGUUUUAACUUAUCUGAAAGUGAGUCUGACAUUGAAGUUUUUGUUAAAGAAUAUGGAUACCGAAUUAAACGCCAACUUGCGAAUGAACUGGAAGGUUGCCGGUCACAGUUUCCUUCUUUUGUCGAAAGAAAAGUAAAGUCAGAGGAAUUACCUUGGGUCGAAGAAAAUUUUGAUAGAUUUUUUAAAGACUCUCCAAAUGAGUGGCUCCGGAACGUAAAUUAUCUUUCGGAAUUUGGAUUUAUAACUUCCAUGAUCUACACACAAGAUGGAGAUUUUCUUCUUGUUGGACAUUCGACGGGACUAGUUCAGAAACUACGUGGCCGUGACUUUAUUAAAAUGACGGACCACAAAGACAUAAUUCGUGAUUAUGUUGAAAACAUUGAAAAUUAUUACGAAAAUGAAAAAAAUCCUGUAAUAUGGUAUCCCAUGUUCUAUAGGCGUAUUGUAGGGCGUCAAAAUGUUUCGUGGGUAAAAGAAAAUCACGAGAAGUUUAUUAGAAACACUCCAAAUGAGAUUUUAUACAAUCGAUGGUUUGGAAGCGAAAUGGGACCGAUCACAUCUUUAACAUUCUCUCGUAAUGGAUAUUAUAUUAUCGUAGGCCACGCUUCGGGAGCUAUACAGAUGCGACAUGGCAGCACUGGCGUGGUUCUUUGUACACUUCGAAAUAUCCAGUUUCCGCCGAAACCAAUUUACGCUCUUGAAUACAGCCGCUUCGAAGAACGUGUUUGCUACGCGGCGUGCACGGAUGGCGCUGUAUACAGGAUUGAUAUACCCAACUUAGUUGCAUCUACGGAGGACCCACCGCAAUAUUGUAUACGAGCUGACCCAGCACUGGAGUACCUCAACACUCAAUACUAUGGCGCUCCGGGAAUCUCCUCAGCUGCGACCCCUUUUAUUACACGUAUGAGAGUCAUUUAG